CGAAAUCAUAAACAGACAAAAAACGCAGGUGGUGUGUAGUGGUUAUGUGGAUUUCAUAGAGACAAAAAGCUAGGUAAGCUCAUAAUGAGAAUAUUCCUUGCGUACUGAACCUCACCGUACCUAUUCGAGUCCAUUAUCAAAGCACGGGCACUUACAUCACUAGGUACCUUUGUGGCCAAAACUCCGUCUUCAGACUUCAACGCCCAGUCUCUUAGGAUCAUGCACUUCGUCCUCCAUACCAAUAACCCCAGGUUCACUAUGUGGUCCAAACUCAAGUACUCCUCCACGUCAUUCACAUUCAUCAUUUCACUCCUAGGGAGUUAUGAAUUGUCGUAUGAGUAUAGUCCCAUCUCCUGCUCUUUCUGGUCAUUUCUAUCAACAUACGAUUAAACUUUCAGCUCCCAGUCAAGCCAUCCCGACUCCCCGGGGCCGGAAGACCCACUACUGCCGUACCUCCCGGACCGGACGUCCAUCUCCAAUCAACCCUCAACUACUUCAUCUCGAUAUCCCACCAUUCAAAGGCUCGAGGGUGAAUGUAUUCAACCCUAGUAGUAUACUUGCGGACGGCGCUUCCGCGGACGAAUGGAGAUAGCUUAAAGAAACCGAUCCCUACAUACCAAGAACUCCUAAUUAACCUUGCCAAACACCAAAACAGAUAUCCAACUCCGUCUACACGGUCUUGAGCACCGGAAUGACAAUACGGUUUCACGGCUUUAUACUCCGUGCUUUGUCCGUCACUAUCAGUACUUAAGAAUCUAUGCCACUGACACCUGCUUAACUUAUCAACCCCAAAACCUUAUCAU